CUUGGCGGUGUGCUCGGUGGCGCUGCAUCAGUUCGCUAUCAAUAAAGGUUACGUCUUCGCCUUCACCACCCACUGUCAUCUACUCUCCACCGGCCUCGUCAUCUGGAACACACAGCUAACCAACGCCCUUGAAGAUGUGUGGGAACGGGGGUCGCGAGGGGAGGUGCUGGGUCGCCUGGUACAGCGGCGUCACCACCUUGUCAGGAUGGGUGAUACACAGCAGCUCUUCAGUCCCGUCCUGCAGUGUAUACUUCGCCACCACGGUGGUAAUCGUGUGCACGGAGCUCUACCUCCUGGCCAAGGGUGUCGCUGGGGUGUACAGAGUGGAAGAGCUGGUGAUCCUGGUGCUGCUCACUCUACAGACCAGUUGGCUGCUCGUACACGUCUCCCUCGCUGCCGGCACUGUCCAGGAACAGGCUGAGGCGAGCGGGGACGUCCUAGGACGAGGGCUGCCCUAUGAGGCCAGUGACAGAGACAAGUUUAACGUAGGUGAGCUGGCCAGGUCGCUCACUACCUCCCAAGUCUACAUCACCGGGGGUAACUUCUUCAUCAUCAACCGCUCCUUCAUCCUCACGGUGGUAAGCGUCGUGGCUUCCUACUUCAUCGUUAUCCUUCAAUUCAUGCAGUCCUGCAGUGCCCCAGAGGUCGAAGUCUUGCCCACCAACCAUACUCUGGAGGUGUCCACGUGAUGCCCUGCCGGUUGCCCAACAACCUCACUCUGAGGGCACCCACCUCAAGCCCAGCCCACCAACCUCACCCGGGGUCCACUUGAAUAUCUACAGUAUAUAUAUAUAUAUAUAUAU